CAUCACACUUCAGCACGCAGAGCUCGCGAGAUGCUUUAAUAUCUGUGAAACAUUCAUUUACACGUGAUCCAUACAAUUACUUUUAAAUUAAACUAACCAUUUCUCAAGUGAGUUUUUUUUUUGUCUUUUUCGCAGACUUGAACAGCGCAGAUUUGAACAGCGUACUAUUUGGCGGUCGAAUAUCAGAUAAGUAGCCUCUAAUCUGAAGCCUCUUACAGCGAUAACCUAAACUAAUAAAUGGAUCGUUUAAAGUUGGUUCUGCAGUAUUUCCAAUCAAAUUCUGAGUCCAUCUCCAAUGGUAUCUGUAUAAUAUUGUCACUGAUAAGCGUCAAGUUGUAUACAAGUUUUGAUUUCAACUGCCCCUGUUUACCCCAAUACAAUAAGAUGUACGCACUGGGGGUCAUGUUCGUCCCUCCAAUUAUAUUGUUCCUUUUGGGAGUGUUAGUUAAUCGUCAUACUGGGGUGCUGAUGGAAGAGUGGGUCAGACCCCUGGGCAAGAGGACAAAAAAUCCAGCAGUGGUAAAAUUUUUGCUCUCAUCAAUGUUGCAACGGUCUCUUCUGGCCCCCAUGGUCUGGAUUCUGAUGACACUCUUGGAUGGAAAAUGUUUCAUCUGCGCAUUUAGUAUGAAUGUAGACCCUAAAUAUUUUACAGGAAUACCAAACAGCACUGGCAUAGAAUUGAUCAAGAUCAUGGCUAAGGUGCCUUGCAAAGAGGAUGUCAUCUUCAAAAACAGCAGUUUUCGGAAAGCUGUCUCACGCUAUGUGCGUUGUUACUCUCAGGCAAUAGGCUGGUCGAUCCUCCUCUUCUUCAUUUUUUUGGGCGCUGUCGGUCGUGUUCUAAAGCCUUGCUUCAAUCACGCCACUUUUCUGCAGACACGCUACUGGAGCAAUUACCUGGACAUUGAGCAGAAGCUCUUCGAUGAGACGUGUGUCCUACAUGCCAGAGAUUUUGCCAGAAAAUGUGUGGUGCAGUUCUUUGAGAGUAUGCGAGAAGACGUGACUGUGAGAAUGCCCCUCUCAAGUGCAUUCAGACCCAGCACAAUCCAUAAUGAAUAUGAAGAGGAGGAAGAGGAGCGUCUGCAUGGUAUAACCAGACAAGAUCAGGUGGAUCACUUGCUGCAAACCUGGUACGAGUGUAAACCAGAGCUGGACGUGACCAGGAUGGCCUAUAAACCCAAAGUUUGUAUCACUUGGGAAGAUAUCAAUGGAAAGGCAUUGUUCUCUGAAGUGUAAGACUGAGGGAGAAAAAGAUCAUACCUCUUAAACUAGAAUUAAUGUAAAUAAGUGACAUGUUCAUGAAAUAUUAAUAAAGAUAAUGAAAAAUCUUGACCCUAGAAAUGUAAUAAUUUGAGAACUAAUUGACUAAUUAAUGUUAAUUCAGAAGCAAAUCUUAAAAAGCUUGCAUGCCGGUGCAAUGGAUAUAUAAUAAUGUAUAAUUUCUGUCUUCAUCAAUGUUGCAAUGAGUCCUCCAGGCCCCAUAGGAUUCUGGUGCAAUGAUACCUGGAUAAAGAAUUUUUCAUCUGCAUAGAAUGUAGAACCCAAACAUUUUUGAAUUGCAAUGUUACUAUCAGAUUAUUGUCAAUUCAGAAAGCCUUGUUUUAACCUUCCUCAAGCGCUUGCAUGUUGGUGCAUUUGAAUAUGCUGGGAUUUAGUUUGUGUAUUUUUGCAUGUCUCUUUCCAAACACAUUACACAACCAGCUCAUGGAUAUGGUUUGGAUGCAAAUUACUACAGAACCCUGGUAACACCUG